GGGUCUCCAGUCACUCCGACUAAUACUAGAGUCAGUCCAAUUCUCUUCACAAUGUUCUUUUAAAAACAUGACAAAUCUAGCGAAGACCAAGUUAAAAGAGAAAAGGGUUAUAACAUGGUGUUUUAUCGACACUUAACAGAUGGACGUUGUAUUGAACUCACAGGACCAAUCAUAGUUGUUAAAUGUGCGCAUGCGCAGUAGAUCUAUCUCUUUCUAGUAGCAACAGAAGCUAAUGGAAAGAGAGGAUCGUCUGUUAUAAAGAUGGAGGCUCGUAAACGAAUCGUGGCGGCCGCAGGGCGCGUGAUAAUGGACGCGGUGCAGGCGGAGUGGGAGCCGCUGUCUCACUGGGAGCUGGACCAGAGGCUGGACCGAGCGGUGGAGGAGAUGAUAGAGGCUGACCUGGUUGCCCAGGUUCAGGAGCAGAUGGCCUCUGUGCUGAAGCAAGCCUCUCAACAGGAGGCUUCAUCGCCAGCAGAUCCGGCUCAAACAGUGACCCCCCGGGCGUCAGGGUCCAGGAGCGCGCAGGAGUCUGCCCUGCAGCGCGCGCACGCUACCGAAGCCAUGGAGGCCAACCCUACAGUACAGUAUGUGACCAAUUUUCUGCAAAGCUCCAACACAGGCCACAGCAAGAACCGCUUGUCUGGAAGAGCUCGACUGUCCUUGUCUCACACUGUCCUCCUGUCCCUCACCCUCCUGUCCAAACGCAUCAGCUAUCGCAGCGUGUCCUCUAGUUUCCAUCUGGAGAAGGGGAAUAUUCACAGGAUCUUCUUCUCUUUCUGUGAACAAGUGAUCACACAAAAGGAUCGGCUCAUUCAAUGGCCUACAGGACAAGAGGCCCUACAACAUCUGCUUCCUUUCUCCAGCUGGCUGAGUCGCAACGAGGGUCUGGAAGAGAGAGGUCUCCCUCGAGUGCUGGGCGUGCUGGGCGACACACGCAUCCCCAUCCGCCUGCCUGCUGGGAAACCGGACAGUGAGAGCGAUGCUCCGGAGGCCGAGACACCCAAGAACGAACCACAUCCAGAUUCCUGGCUGAACUUGGAGCUGGUGUGCAAUGACAAAGGGCGCUUCAUUUACUGCCACAUCAGCAAAGGAUCGGAAAAAGACAGAGGAUGCACGUUAGCUGAAAGGAUUCGGCAAAACCCUGAGAUGGUGCCUCCAGGGACCUGUCUGAUAGCCAGAGCCGGAUACCCGCUCACAGAACAAAUACUUACUCCAUUCUCAGCAGGUCGAAACCCGCAGGAAAACCUCUUCAACCGAUCGGUGGGGAGCCAUGUGGGCCGAUUCAACCAGGCUGUGGCGGACUUAAAAGAGCGAUUCCAGAAAUUGAGAUACUUGGAUAUGGGAAACUACGACAGGGCGAAAGCAGUGGUUCUGACUGCUUGUAUAUUACACAAUGUUUUUCUGGACAUGGGGGACGUGACAAAGGGACUGGUAGAGAGCAGCACACCAGAAGAUGUGGACGAGGUAAACGAAGAUGCUGCUGGGGUGAAAAUGAGAGAAACUGUAGUGAAUCUGCUUUACAGCACAUUGGAAGCAACACCACAAUAAGAUUUUGAGACUGAUUUGCAUAUUUAAAGGGAUAGUUCACCCAAAAAAGAAAUUGUCAUCAUUUACUCAUUUUUCUAAACACAUGUGACUUUCAUUCGUCUUUGGAACACAAAUGAAGACAUUUUUAUUACUUUUUAUCAUUUUUGUCCAUCCAUUCAAAGUUUUAAAGCCAAAACUUACACUUGUCAAAAAGUGCAAAAUUACAUUCUAAACAUAAACCAUAUGAAUCAAGCGGAUCAAGUCUUUUGAAGUAAAACAAUUGCUUUAUAUAAUAAACCAAUUUAAUUUAGGGUCAUGAAUGAAAGCUUCAAUUAAAUCUGUUUUUCAGAUAGAGUGCAAGUAAAUAAAAAGUGAAUUUCUUUAACAAUCUUUCUGUGAACUUUUUGAAACAUCAAAGUUUCGGUGGAAUGGAGCAGGGUUUCUUUAAAAACAUCAUAAUUUGUGUUUUCAAGGUGAACAGAAGUCUUGUGGGUUUGGAACGACUUGUAAAUGAUAACAGAACCGUCUAAAGCUCUACGAUUCUGUAUGUGAUUAAAGGAUUAAGAAAGUUUUGGCAUAAAAAAGA